AUGAUAACUAAUGCUCCUGCAGGAAGUAUUGGAAGUACCAACCCAUCCGGUUGGUCAAACGAGUCCAUGUUUGUGAAAUUCCUUCAGCGUUUUAUCAAACAAGCAAAGCCUACCAUAGAGCAGCCUGUCAUUCUCAUAAUGGACAAUCAUGAAAGUCAUAUUUCGGUACCCGCAAUACAAAAAGCCAAAGAUAAUGGCGUAAAGUUUAUUACUUUACAUACACAUGCUAGUAAUCAUAUGCAACCAUUAGACAAGACAGUUUUUGGACCUUUCAAGACUUAUUUUAAUAUAGCGGCUAAUGAGUUACUAAUGUCUCUGGUAAUGUGGGAAAACCAUUAA